AUGACGAGCCAGCACAUUGGCAGCCCUCUGGAACCUUUCUGCCUCCAUCACGGGUUCCUCACCGUGAGGCGACCCGGCGGACUGAUCAGGUGUCCUCACAGAGCUCCUGUCUUCUUCUUCGUUGCUCCUGAACGAGCUGCUGCACAUGGACAUGUUGGGGCUCUGCACGGGCGUCUCCGUCAGAGAGCUGUCGUCAUCAUUUUCUCCCUCCCCUCUCUCUUCACCUUCAUCUGCCGUCUGGCUGUGACUGCUCAUCUGGAGGGAGGGAGCACUGUCAAUCAAGCUCAAGACCUCCGUCACAAGAGAAGGACCCAAAUCCACUAUGAACGAGGCAAGAGAGUCGGAGCGAGUCAGUGGGCCCCGGCUGCUGUCCGGGGGGGACCCUCUGUGCGUUUCUCCCUCAUGAAACUGUCUCUCAAGUCGGGAAAGGCGGGGCAGAGUGACAAAUCCAGACCGUACACCUGCAUAUGCGCAGACAAAAGAGAAAAAACACUCAAGUCACCGGAACAAUCUCAGAAGGAAUCAUCCGUUGAGCUGAUGGAGUUGGGGAACAGCACCCUCUCCAGGCACCCAUUGGGAGAGUCUAUGUUGAGCUGA